AUAAAACCUUUUCUCGGUCAGAAAUAGAAAAACUAUUGUGAGCUGAUAAAGAGAUGCAUUAAUGGCGAUUCGACCGAGAAUCCGUAAAAGGGUUCAAGCGGUUCGUCGUGCUGCCGAUGGAAGCGCUUUUGAAAAAUGUGAAGAAUGUGGUCUUAUGAUCGCGAUUGCUCUGUUUGAUAUGCACGAGUGCGGUGAGAAUAGAAGAGAAGUGAAGAGAUUCAAGUGCAUUUCGAGUGGCAAAUUCGAAAAUAUCUCGAAACCAGUCGGGAGCUUUGAAGAUGAACCCAGAUCGCCGUUCGUCUUCUUCUUAGAGGAUUUUAAGGAAAAUUACGGUGGAAACUUGGUGGAUGCUAGCAGAAUAUGUUUCAAUGUGUGGAAAAACAUGUCAGAAGAGGAACAAAAGCCCUUCAUAGCCCGUGCUGCAGUGGUUGAUUUGGCACACAACAGGAAAUUAAACCAAGAAAAUAAAAGCAUUUUUAAGGCAGAUGAUGAGGCAGAUUCGAAAGCUGUCGCGAAAUUUGACAAGUUCUAUGAGAGAUACGAUCAUGAAAAGGAGGACUCUGAUUCAUCUGAUCAUUUCGGACAUGAGUUUUGGGAAGACGAUUCUCUGCUGGACAACUGAGAAACCCGGUUUAGUGGAGAGGGCCUGUUGGCUUGUGUAUAGAUUUUAGAGAUGUUUUGGGAAAGUAUGUAAAUAUAGGCUGAUCAUAUUUCCUUCCUCUAAUCCUCUGUGAUGACCUUUUAGAGGUUUUUCUCGUUUUUAUGGUUACGCUCUGUUUAUUCGUUUACUUUUUUUCAGUCACUACGAAAGAGAACUAGAGUACA